CAUAAAUCCAGUGUUUGUCAUUCAAAGUUGGAAUUACCGUACUGUCCCGAAUAUAGCACGAUGUAUUGUUCUGGAGAGGACGUUUGAAAAAGCGGGGGUUAGGUGUGUGGUCUACACGUGAAGGCAAUGCAAGGUAAAUGUCUUUACGCAUUUACAACAGCAGACUACUCCUGUACACCACCAUUUGUAUUUAAACUGGAGCAUAAUACCGUCUCUGACAUCUGUCUACAAUGCCUACAAGCGUAAAAGACGGAGAUAAGCCGCCCAAAAAUACGCAUGAGGAGCGCCUGUCCAGAGUGUUUGAUAAAGUGAUGGGGCUUGGAGACUUUGCUGAUUCCUCCAGGGGCUCCGCCAACUCCUCCAGAAGUGGAGGUCAGGAUGAGACAAAGGGAGUAGACGAAACUUCAGGACAAGGGGAACACCAACCGGUAGAAGAAGACAAUAGCAACUGCAGCAGACAAGAAGAAAAUAUGGAUGAGGGGGUGGGAGAGCCCUCCUUUCCUCGCAUUUCCUCCCCUUCCGCUGUCCGACACUCCUCGUUUACUAUGGGAACCAACGAAGGAGGAGGAAGUGGAGGGGCAGCAUUUGAUGAUGCACAGGAUGGACUUCCGUCAUUUGGGCCAGGAGAAGAAGAAGAUGAAGACUGGCACUUUGCCCUGCCAAUGGGCACCCUUGAGGAUGUUAAUGUGGCUAAGGCGAACAGAAAAACGGGCCAACCAGCAGCGGGGAGCAACGCAACUAAGGACAAAGCCUUUCCUCAACAGCCCAGAGAGGAGGAGGAGGACGAUGACGACGACGAGGACGAGGACGACGACGGGAGCACGGAGUCUGCUAACACGUCUCACUCCUCCCAGGACCACACACCUGAUAACAGCCGAGAUGGAGGCGUCCUGAACCAGACAGAAGAUAGCCAGGAGGGAGAGAGAUCAGAAGCAGCUCCAAUGGAGGACAGUAGUCCCCCUACUAUCAAUAUUAAAGAUGAGCCCAUCGAUGAAGGCUACGAUGCUGCGUUACUGCCUCAGAGCUCCAUCAGACAGAUCAAAGAGGAGCUGGAGCAUCAGGAGGAAGAGCUGAGGAUCAGCUCCGUCUACUCUGUAAGCGGAGGGAACACCUUUACAUCGCCUACCAUGCCCGCAGCCGUCCCAGCUCCCCCGCAGACAACCUUUUUUAUCCCAGGUAGAGGCGCUGUGCUACAAGCCAUGGCUCCAUUCCCUCUCAGACCUCCAGCUCCAAUCCCAAACUCACUCCCAUCUCUGAUAGCUGCACCCCCACGCCAACCUCCGCCCUCCGUUCCUGGCAGCGUUCGCUGCAGCGGCUGCUCCAAGGUUCUGCUGAAAGGCCAAACAGCAUUCCAAAGAAAAGGUUCGACGCAGCUCUUCUGCUCCACCGUCUGUCUGACUGGCCACCUGCCUCCAGCCAACAAGAACCGCUCCUGUUUCCAGUGCAACAGGGAUAUUCUUCAGCCAAGGGACAUGAUCACGAUUCCAGGAGAGGACAACGCCUACCUUAACUUCUGUGGCCAGUUCUGUCUGUCUGUCUUUAGACACAAGAAGAAACAGGUCGACAAGAUUCUCGACAAAUGGGCUGACAAACAACUGGAGAAGAAACCUGAGAAGCCUCCUGAGAAGCCAGCAGAGCGACCCCCUGAUAAACCCGUUUGUAGUGUCUGCAGGGUCUCUAAUAGGCAGAUUGAGCAUGAGGUCACCCAUCAAGGUCGUCUGCACAGACUCUGUAGUGAUGCUUGUUUUGUAACAUGGCGCAAGAUGCGGCAGUUAGCCAUGAACUGCUGCGAAGGCUGCGGACUUUACUGCAGUAGCAGCUCAGGCUCCUGUCAGACGCUCACAGUUGACAGAUCUCAGCUCAACUUCUGUGGUCCAACCUGUAUUGGCACCUACAAACAGACCUGCAGCAGAAAGACAGUCGAGUGUGCCUACUGUCACAAAAUGGCCAUAGUGUCCUCCACCAUCAUGGAACGAGACCAUCGGGGCAAAGUCCAGCUUUACUGCUCGUCUCCUUGUGUGGAACAGAGUCGACCACCUCGACACAUUCUCACUGGUGCUGCAUUCCCCUGCUGCCUGUGCAAGGUGUCGGCUGUUCCACAGUAUCAUCUGGCCAUGGUGGACGGCACCAUUCGUAACUUCUGCUCCUAUGACUGCGUUUCUAUAUACAGGAAAUCUGGUAACACCUCUCAGCCAGACCUGACCAAUGGAACAUCCGUUCUCAGGGACCCCUCCCUCAGAGAUGCCCUCAAACAAGGGCCCUCUGCCGGAACCAGCUCAGUCCCUCCAAUCCCUCAGGACUUCCCAUCUUCAGUCGCCUACCCGGGCCACCAUCCCAGUCAUACCUCAGUGCCCCCACUGGUGUCUCCUUACCCAGCCAUGUCCUCCCCAACUGUCCCAGGGCAAGUCCAGGCUCGAGCACCUGCAGGUCAGCCCCUGAAACCAGCAGAGGGCGGGCCCAGUGAGACCUCCAAGCUGACCUGCAAUCAGUGCAGUAAAGAGUUCAACAUAAAGCCGCUGCUAUUCAAUCACCAAGGUCGUAUUUCUGUGUUCUGCAGUAGGACGUGCUGUGAGCAGUUUAAAACCCAGAAGAAUAUCCUGAUGCCGUGUGAGUGCUGUAAACAGGAGAAAGUGCUCUUUGACACCAUCAGCUACAACCAACAGGACCUGACCUUCUGCAGUGAGAGCUGUAAGCUCCUUUUCAAACAUGAGCGGACGUCUCGUAACAAGGAGCAUCCCUGGCGUCCCUGCACCUACUGCUCCGGCAUCAGUCACAAGAUGCUGCACAGCCACUAUGGAGGCAGGAUGGAGGAGUUCUGUAGACCCCACUGCAUGUCCCAGUACACUGUGCUUUACUAUGGGAUGGGUCGAUGUGACAGUUGUAGGAAACAGGGCUAUAUGACUGAGAAGCUGCAGUGUAUGGGUUCAGUCCGUAAUUUCUGCAACCUGCCCUGCCUGCUGCAGUACUGCUCCCUGCAUUUUGAGACGAGCCAACACGGCAGCAGUAACGGAACUGGAACGGCCCCACAAACUCCAUAUGCUCCAACCCAGCCCCACCAUUCCUCAAAGAUGAAUCCUGUCAUAGCGGAUGUUGUGUCACUGGCCAAUGGCUCUGCCACUCAGCCCAGUGUGUCUGCAGACACUGCGCUCACUGGAGCACUUCCAACCUCCAACAUUGACGGCAAGAACCUAGACCAUGCCAGCACUCAGACUGAUGCCAUGCGUGUGCCUGUGUCCCGUCGCCGUCAAAUGAAGAACAAGUCAGUUCUGUGUCGGCCCUUCACUAUGGACCAAGAGUGCAUGUGCGAGCUGCCCACACCCUCCACUGAAUCAGCAGCUCUGACUCUGCCCUCACUGAGAUUCUCCGUCGGAGAGGACAAUGUGAAGGUGUUGAUGGUGCCAGUCCCAGUGCCGGUCUUCAUCCCAGUGCCCAUGAACAUGUACUCCCAGCUCACACCUGUUCCAAUGGCUAUGCCCGUGCCCGUUCCAGUACCCAUCGUAGUGCCACCACAGAAGAAGGAGAUGAAAGAUGCAGCAGUCCAGUCAGAGCCUUUGGCUGUGAUGGAAGAAACACAGAAAGAUGGGCCUGUUUCCAGUGCAGACCAGAGCAGUUCUUUUAGUGAAGACCAGAAGUCAGAGGUGGUCACUCCCAUAACCCGUGAAGAUGAGGAGACUAAAGCAGUACAAGCCGACCUGCCGCUUAUUGUAAGUUCAGAGAGGAGCACAGAGUUAACUGAUCACCAACUUAGUACCGAGCAGGAGGAGACCCCGACGAGCGAGCCCCCCACCACCAGUGCUGAGCUUCAGCCUCCCUCCUCUCCAAUGAUGGACCUGGAGACUGACAUCCCGUCUGAAUCGUUGGAUCAGAAGCCACCUGCUCCACAGCGAGGAGUGAAGAGACCCAGAGACCCUUUCUGCAGCCGGAAACGGAGUCGAAGGAGAACUGCUUUAUUGAACCGCAGUACAGUGGUGACUCCACCUGCCUCCAAACUGAACCACGUGUACGGGGUUAAAGCCUGGAGAUGUUGGGUCCAACAACAAAACAACCAGCCGACAAAAUCCAAUAUGGUGGAUAUCAAAGAAGACGUCCUUCAGUGCGACUCUGCUGAGCUGAGCUUUGCUCUGUCUCGCUUCAUCACACAAGUGAGACGGCCCAAUGGAGAGACCUACAGCCCAGACAGCAUCUUCUACCUCUGUCUGGGGAUACAGCAGUAUCUGUUCAUAAAGGGCCGCAUAGAGAACAUCUUUACUGACGAGCUGUACAGUCAGUUUGGUACCAAGAUCAGUGGGAUGCUGCGACUGUGGAAACCUAAACUCCAACCUAGUGGUGCUGCCGUCUCCUCCCGUGUGGUGGAGUCCUACCUGUGGGAGUGUAAGCAGCUGGGCGCCUACUCCCCCAUAGUGUUGCUCAACACGCUGCUCUUCUUCUGCACCAAAAACUUCGGCUUCACCACGCUGGCUCAGCACCAACACGUCUCCUUUACCAACUUCACUCGACACUCCAAACCCUGCAACAAAGCCGGCAAAGUCCUCUACCUGCGAUACCAGAGGAGCAGCCCUGCCACACCCCACACAGAGCGAUUCAGAAAAAGGCAGGGAGAGGACGAGGGAGAGAUGCAGAUGCUUGAAAAUGUUACAAACCCUCUACACUGUCCUGUCCGACUGUACGAGUUCUACCUCUCCAGAUGCCCGGAGUCGGUGCAGAAGAGAACUGAUGUGUUUUUCCUGCAGCCGGAACAGAUUGUGCACACUCACAGUUCCCACUGGUACACCUCUCAGCCACUGGAGAGCGCCACUCUACAGAGCAUGCUCUCACGCAUCUUGGCCGUCAGAGAGGUUCCCCGGGAACAGCAGGCAGCCUCAGCCACGUUACAGUGAUGAGGAGCUCUGCGGAGGAUCUUCUCUGCAACAGAAAACUUCUCCGCUGCCAGUUCACAGUGAACUCCAGCUGCCUGCACGCCCGUCAGUCAUUCAGAAGGAGGCUGACAGGUGUUUGAAACGGAGAGAAAGAACAAAGACACAAUGAAAAGACACAAAGAGACACAUUUUAAGAACAUUCAAAGUGCGUGAUCUUCUUUUCUCAUCAUGUCCCAUCAUGUCCCACCGCACUGAUAUUCAUGCCCAUCAUUGAGCACCAUGUGGCAGGUUUAUUUUUAUCAGUAAUGGCUCAUGCCGAGCCCAUCACAUGAACUUUUUUAUUUCAGAAAGAGACUUGUGUGAGCAGCAACUUGCGUGUGAGAGCAGUCGAGGUGGGACGAGAGUUUACAUCCUUCAUUAACGGGUUUAAAUGAGCUGUGUCAUCGUUGUUGCCCCUCCUUGCAUCAGCACAUUGCAGUAUGAGGAGUGUUUACUUGUACAGAGUUUUAAAGGCUGAUAAUGGUAUUUAAGGAUUGCUUUUAAAAUGUUACCUAAAUCUAAAUCAAAGACAUUUUGAGCAGAAGCACUUCCCACAAACACCCAGUGUAGUUUUGAUAAAUGAAACAUUAAAUAUGUAUUAUAUCACAUUACAGGUUGACAUUUAAAUAAAAGCCAUUAUCUUACUGAAUAUGUUAGUAUAUUGUAUGUCAGUGUAACCCUUCUUGUUAUAAUAGAGGAGACUCACAGUGCCUCUCAUCUUUUUGUUGUCCGUUUUAUUAUUAUCUAAUUAUCUGAUAUUAUGUUGUACCCUUUUUAUAUUCGUCAUCCUGCGUGGCCUUAUUUCCCUUCUCUCGUUUUUCCCUCCAGGGUUCCCUCACACACCUAUUCCCUCUGGAGGUAAAGUGAGGGAGUAGAUCAUGACCCACACAUCACUUUUUUGCAGUGCAUAUAAUCUAAAUCUAAACCAUGAAGCUGAGCCGCAUUUACAGACCACCUUGAUUGAUUUUAGAAUAUUUAGAACGGCCUCACCGUUGUUGUGAAUGAGAGUGUAACCGUUAUUAUAAUUACAAUGGGACCUCUCCUCCCUGUAUGUAUUCCUAUAUCUGUGUCCGCUUUCUAACCUUGACAAUAUUCUUCUCUCCUCUUGUUCUUUUUAUCUUCCACUAGCCUUUGUUCUCUAAUUUGAAAAAUUAAAAAUGUCAAGUUUGGAUAAUAGGCAUACAGCACACCAACCUCUGUUUCCUGUAGUAUAACUAAUGGUUAUUAGGGUUUGUGUUAGCCAUACAUACAAUCAAUAACAAGUAUUAUGAAGAUGUGCCUAAAGAUAUUUAUUGCUGUGUCAGCAGUGCUAAUUUUGUUAUUAUUCAUCCAUCCAAAAUGCUCAACCACGCCACACCGCUUAUCAAAGAGAUGUUACCCCAUCAUGUGGACGUGCUGAACAUUAAUGCCUGUACAUCUUAUAAUGCACAUGUGAUGUCAGUGACUUUCAUUUCAUAGAACUUUGGAUGAUCAUUUUAAUUUUUCUUCUUUUUGUUUUAGGAAAUAUCUUAUUGGUUCAGAAUUGAUUUUUUUAUGAAAACAUUAUCAUUUGUUCAUUUUAUGGUAUUAAUGACUUCACUACCCACAAUGCCAUGUGGUAACACCAUGUAUGCUGAAAUACUACUUGGAUCUAUUUUGUUGUUUCAGCUGUUAUUGUAUUUUAUCAUGCAGGCCAACGUGCCUUUACUUUAUCCUCAUGUUCAUGUUUUGUAUCUAUGUUUCAGUGUAAAGAUGAAAAUGAAAAAUGAGACCAGCCCAGAUCUCUUCCUCAGUGCUCUCUGCUAUCGUUAAGCAUUCACCAUGGUUACUGAGGGUAAUACAUUUCAAACAAAGUGUUCUGUAAAUGUUGGAUAAUUUCUUUAAACAACACACUGCUGGUGCAAAGGAAAUAGUUCUGUUUGAAUAUCACCGCUGCUGUCUGAAGCUCCACAGCUGAUUUUAUUGUCAUGCACAAAAUGCUGUAUUUCCAUUGAGUAUUAAGAAAUCAUCAUAUUCCUUUCUCUACUCGUUUGCAAGGCAAAGCACUUAUAAUGAAGGCAUGACUGAAAUGCAAUGUGACGUUGAGAGUGUAAUUGCAGUUUGUGCAGUUUUUAAACAUUCAUUCAUAAAAUGUGUAAAGUU